CCGGCUCGGAUUAAGCAGCCCUGCUAAAAUCUCGCUGUGAAAUCCCUCACUCACUCACACACACACACGCGCACAAACAUCACAACAAGGAAACGAUGCUUCGGCUUUAAACGCUGAGCUCGAGCUCCGCGCGCGCACCCCGCCGUUCACGUUAGAUGGUUUACAGAGCGCGAGCUUCCGGUUGUUGUCUCGGCCAUGCGCAGCUCGAUGUUCUGACUGACCGGGAGCGCAGUGUGAGUCCAAAAUGCCCGAGAGCUGCGCCGCAGCCGAGUGUAAGCAGAGCCCCGAGCAGCGCGACGUCUCGUUCUUCAGAUUUCCUCUGGAGCCCGAGCGAUGUAAGCAGUGGGUGGGGAACUGUCGCAGACCCGACCUGCAGAAUAAGUCUCCCGAGUACUUACACAGGAACUUUAAACUGUGCUCAAGACACUUUGAGGUGUCUCUGAUACAAAAGGAGAGUGAUCUCAAGACGGUUUUAAAGGAUGGCGCCAUCCCGACCAUAUUUGACUUCACGACCAAGAAGGGCAAUGCACAGAACAGGAAAAGAAAGAUCCAAGCUACUGCAGCUGAUCCUGUGGAAACAAAAAAGGUGAAAGAUGAAACCCAGCCGGUGACGCAGACAGUGGAGCAGAAUGUGGUGGAAGACUCUGCAGAGAGCGCUGUGGAACAGGAUCCUACACCGGUUAGACCGGAGAAGGAAGAUCCUGCCAUGUCUAAAGCCAAGGAAGUCCUGAAGAUCCACUUUAAGGAGACGUUAGCUUUCACUGGCUUCAGCAUCGUCAACACCACCACCACCGUCGGGCCACUCGCAGUUGACCCGGUCUGUGCAGAAAAGAUAGACUCAAAAGACGUGCUGAGACUCGGAGAGGAAGCGAUGCGUGAGGAGAUCAGAAACAGUUUGCGCAUGGCUCGUUUUUUCUCCAUCCUUCUCCAGGACAAGAUGAACAUUGAAGGCAAGGAUCAGAUCCCUGUGUUUGUCCGCUCCGUCAGCAGCGAUGGGUUUCCCCAGAAGCACCUGCUGGGGUUCCUGCCCUGCGAUGUGGAUUCGGACAGCCUGUACCUCAUGCUCAUGUCCGAGAUUCGCAACAAGUGGGGUCUCCGGAUGGAGCAUUGUCGAGGGUUCACGUACCUGACGACAGGCACCUUAUGUCAGAAGCUGAAGGAGUUCUCCUGUCGCAUGCUCCGGGAUUUCCCUCAGGUUGUCCUGGCUCCCAGUGACCCUUACGCUUUCAACAUGUGGCUGAUUCGCUCUUUGCCCGUCCUUUCCGUUCAGGAUGUGGUCGACACCGUAGAGGAGGUGGCCACCGUCCUGAGACAGUCCGAGACACUUAUGAAAAAGCUGAUCGCUAGGAUCACGGCAGCAUACUGCCACAUCAAGGGCGAGGUCGAACGCGUCAAGGAGUCGUGCCAGAACUAUUGGGAAUACAGCACGGAUGCUUUCCAGACGAUGCUGGACAUCCUGGAGCCUCUGCUGAACAGCAUUGGGGAGAUGUGCACCAGCGCACUGUCGGAGGUGGACGCGACUGUCGUGGAACAGCUGCUCAAGCUUAAGGAGAAGCUCAAGAACUUCAACUUCAUUAUCACCCUGGUGAUCCUGAAGAACACUCUGUGCUGCGUGAGCAUCCUGAACCCGAGCCUGAGGGGGAUCAUCAGCAUCAGCAGCACUUUGCAAUACACUAUCUCCAAUGCCUUAAAGCUGCUCAACAAGCACCUCCAGGAAAUCCCUAUUUUCCACAGGAAGUGGUUCUCUGAUGCUGUGGGCAGGGCCAAAAAGCUGGGCGUGACGGUCACUCUGCCGGUGGACACUGCUGCAAAUGGCGGCUCUGACACCAAUGCGCCGACAUCGCCGGAGGACUACUACAGGGAAACACUAAGCAAAAUGGUCCUGCAGUACCUCAUCGAUGAGGUGAAAAGAGUCCUCGGUAUCGAGAUGGUCCGAAUUCUGAGAUGGCUCUCUCUAGUGCCCUCAUACAUGGCCGACCACAAUUUUAGUAUCCGCAAGGACAAGGUCGCCGACGCUAACCUGAACAAUCUGGCUCGUCCGGACUCCUUCUACGAUGAGCUCGGCUGCUGGGAGGUCAAGUGGAGGCAUGCAAGCAAGCGCCGGAUUCUGCCCACCGGCGUCUUCGCCACCUUGAAGAUCCCCGAUAUUGGAUUCUAUCCCAACGUGCAGAGUCUGCUGCGAGUCCUGGGUUCGAUCCCGUGCAUUAACGCGGACGCAGACGUGUACGUGCAGUACGAUAUGGUGCUCGAGAGGUAUCGCUCCUACAUGAAGAUGGUUCCGGCGGAGAAAAGACUGUGCAACAUGGCGUUCGUUUACGUCAAUCAGGACGUGCACUUCAACAUCGACGACAUGGUGCAGUCGUACGUAGAAAGCCACCCUGACGUUCUGCAGCUGCUUUGUAAGGAUGAUGUGAUGGAAGUUCAGCCUUCAGCAACAGAAAAUAACACAAACGAUGCCUCAAAGGACGAUGCUGAGGAACCGAGAGAAAUCAUUUUGGACAUGGAGCUGGAGAGACCAAAACCUGCAGAGUGUUCAGGGACCGAUAAAGAGGCGCUGAAAUCUGCGCUGAAGGCGGCGCUCACUGCAGCAUGCAACAGCCAAAGCAGACAGUGUCCAGGAGGCUCGGAGGGCGAGGUCGAAUACGUCACCAAAUCCGAAAUGAAUGAAGUGCUGAAAGUGUGCGCGGACGUCGUGCAGGACGGGAUUAUUUCAGAAACUGGAAACUCUUUCUUCUCCCUGUUCAUCGAUCGAGCAGUGAAGUUUGGCGAAACUGACUUCCUCCCACUGUUUCUCAGGUUUGUGGACAGUUUUGACGUCAUGCGUUUGGAACUGAUGGGGUUUGUGGAAGCGAACCUCCAUACAGAGGAGAUGUGCGAACGCCUUUUUGACCUUGUCACCAAAGAAUGGCGUCUCGAUUUCAAGUACUGCAGAGGCCAGGCUUACCUAGGUUCUGGAGAAAUCUCGUACAAGCUCAAGGCGUUUGCGUGCAAAGUUCAGGAAAAGUAUCCUCUUGCGAUAUGCACUUACUGUUCCUGUUACUCUUUUAACACGUGGUGGUCAAGGUCAGUUCCUGUAUUCUCCAUCAGCAGAGCUCUAGAUGUACUUGAGAAGGUAGUUUUGUUUUUCAGCAGCUCAACCGAACUUGAAAAACAGCUGGACCAAGUCAUAGCCGUGGGUCUACGUGAGAGCUUCGAGAAGAUCCACGAGUUUCAAGGGAACUUCUGUUCCUCUUGGCAGGAAAAGCACGACUCCUAUGAUGUCUUCUGUCAGAUGCUAGAACCUCUAGUCGAUUGUCUGGAGCGGUUCCAUAACAGCACACCGCCGAUGUGGAGUCUAUCCGUGAUCAACCAAGCGAAGAAACUUCUUCAGCUGAUCCGUGACUUUGACUUCAUCGUAGCGAUAGUGGCACUGAAGAACGUCUCAUCUUUCACCAGAGAGCUGAGCGCGGCUCUGCAGAAAGACCAUUUCAGUGCAGCCUCACAGCUCUGCCAGAUCAGCGGCAUCGUAGCGACGCUCAACCGCCUCAAAACCAACAUAAAAGUGUUUCACCAAAACUGGUUCGACGAAGCAUGCGCCAUCGCUCAAACUUUAGGCGUGCAGGUUAAAGUACCCGACAGUGCUCCGUGUUUUAGGGACAGCCUGCUAAAACCCGGCGGCUACUAUAAGGACUCGAUCAGCGUUCCUUUAGUCGAUCACAUUAUCGACUCUGUCAAGGACCAUUUCUCUGAUGACCACAAAGAGGCUCUGAACUUCCUGUCUCUAGUCCCAUGCUCCGUCACCAUGAGCUACACCUUUGAAAGCCUAAAGUCAAAGCCUCCGUUGUACGUUGGCGACCUUCCCGAUCCAGAGAACUUCUUCACGGAACUUUCGUGCUGGAAGGUGAAAUGGAAAACCAAAGUGGUUUCCCCAACAAUACCGGACACUAUAUUCCAGACUCUCCGUCUGCCCCUGAUGCAGUAUUUCGCCAACAUAAACACAUUGCUGAAGAUCAUGUCAGUUUUACCCAGCACCACGGUGGAGCAUAGCGGCGAGGUAAACCGGCAUAAAAUGUUUCAGGACUACUUGAGGAACACGUACGCCAAGGACAGGACUUUGUGUUUGGCUAUGCUUCAGGUUGGCACAAAUUUUAACAGAGACCUGGAUCGGAUGGUCACUCAGUGUUUGAAAGUCACUCCAAAGACGCUGGAAGGCAUCUGCCUGGACAAAGAAGCAAAAAACCUGAGGAAUUCUGAAAUAAGAACAGAAGACAACCACAAUGACGAGGAGAUGGAAGUUCAACAGGACGUGUCAACUAAAAAGCUCCCAGACUUCAACGAGUUGAAGGCAGAGGGUAACUGCAUGGCUGCUUCUAACAAAGCCGAGAAUGAAAAGGUUCCUGAAGUUGCGCCUGCUUUAGUAAUGGAGGAGCAGGGGACCAAGCCUUUGGAUGAGAACGGUCACCCUGACCAGCCUGAGGAAGAUCUUCAAAGGGUCUUCAUGGUGGCGGCCAGACUGGCCAGGAAAAAACUCCUGUUCCUGGAUCUCCCCAGGGAAGAGCAAGACCUUGUCAUGCAAGAACUUGGUGUGUGUAACUGGGACCUGAAACGUCUAUCAGACACGGACAUGGUGGAGCGCGUUGUAAAGUCGCUGAGGGAAACGAUCCUUACAGAAGUUCAAGAAUCUCCAUUUUUUUCCAUCAUUAUUGACAAAGCGGUUUCUGUUGAUGACAAGAAGUACGUUCCUGUGUUUGUCCGUUAUGUGGACAAUUUUACCCCCAGAGUGGAGCUUUUAGGGUUCCUCACCCUAGACUCAAACCUUGAUGCAGAUACCCAAGCUAAGACUCUCGCAAGCAUCCUUUCUGACGAGUGGGGACUCCAGAUGGGAUGCUGUCGUGGCCAGUCGUUUAUGUGCAUGGGUGCUGGGGGUCAAGGUCUGAGAAGACUAUCUCUAGGAUUCCUGGAGAGCUUUCCCCUGGCUGUGAACACACCCAGCGAGUCCUGUGGCCUUGCGUAUUGGCUGGCAGUCAGCCUUCAUAACGACCCCAUUGCGAAGGUUCUCGGCGUAGUCGAGGAUCUGUUAGUUUUUUUUGAUCAGUCACCAAGACUGCACUUUGAGCUUUCUCAGACACGUGAAGGUCUUUUGAACACUCCUCGGGAAGCGCUGGCAGAAGUCCCAGAAACGUGCUUGUCCAAGUGGAAAAAGACAGAGGACUUCUUUGACAUUUUGGUGGACAUGCUGGAGGGAGCACUGAGUUGCCUGGACUCAGUAAGCAACAACGCUGAUGGGUCAUGGAGCAACAGCAUGUCAAUACACGCGCUGAUGCUUUCCACGGCCAUUAGGGAAUCGGACUUUGUCAUUUCCCUUGUCAUUCUGAAGAACGCCUGCGCUCCCCUGCGGAACUGCAGCACGGUCUUGCGCUGCGGAAAUCCGGCCGAUAUUAUCUGCGAGCUUGAAAAGAUCCCAGUUAUAAUAGAGACCCUUGUUAAGAUGCUGGAAAACAUUACUGUAGUGCAUAGUACCUGGUUCGAGGAGGCAACGCAGCUGGCUGUUAAAGUUGCAGGAGCGCUCUCGUAUCCGGACGUGGUCAGCAGCUAUGACUCUCCGGAAGUGGGCUACAGAGAGACAGUUAGCAUACCUGUCUUGAGUGGUCUGAUUGAGGAAAUGAAGUUUAACUUCUCAGAGUGUCACCUAAAAGCUUUGAGAGUUCUUUCUCUUCUUCCCACGUGCAAUCCGCUGCCUAUUCUGCCAGAGGCACCAGAUAAACUCUACACUAUCUACCAAAGCGAUCUACCCGAACCGGACGCGGCAGAAGAAGAGAUAAACGCCUGGGCCGCAGUUUGGCGAGAGAAGUAUCAAGACAGCGCUUUGCCCACAUCCAUCUCGGAGACGCUGCACCACCCUGAGGCUAAGGGUCAUCCUAACGUGACGACUCUUAUGAGGAUUGUUGCUGUGCUACCUAGCAUUAGCAUGGAGUGUGAUUUGAUGAAGACCACUCUUAACUCAUUAAGGAGGCUGAUUGGGAAUGACUACGGAAGCGCCGUUAAGACAGACGCGGUCAUGCUUCUUAUGCAUCGUCCCAUGCUGCGGACUCUGGAGCAAGUCAUCGACAGGUGUAUGGAGCUUGAUGCAAAGAGCCAUGGAGUUCUGUCUCCGGUGAAAGAGUGUUUCUGUGUAAUGAAAAUAUGUAACGAGGUGGAUGAGCUUCUUUUAGAAGAACGGGUCGAUACUACUAGCUCUGGGGUUUCAGAGAUGAUAAAUGGCAUCACACAAGACCAGCUCACAACUACAGCUCAUUGCGACACUGGAGAUGGUACUUCUCCAAUUCCAAAGGAUAGUGCCAUGGAAAUAAAUGCUUCCAAUGGACAAGCCGCACUACAAGAGCCUUCUCCAAUCAUCACAGAUGGUCAGUCAACAGCUGGACAUCCAAACGAUACAGAAAUUAGUUCAUCCACAGUGUUGUCUCACAGCACACUCGGAGAACAGGACGUUCCCAAAGAGCAAAAAGCAACCGCAGAGUUACAAAAUAGAAACACAGAGCUUCUAACUGAAUCAGCAGCCCAAAGUGUCACCGCUGAGGCAGUGGACGUCACCAUGGAGCAUGUUGAACCCGCAGCUGAGGAGGUCACAACAGAAUCAAAAGUGCCAGAACAGAGCUUGGAACCUGUCGCUGUAGAACCAAGCACAGCAGCCACUAUCAGUGAGGCCACCAUGGACGUGGCGGCAGUGAGUCAAUUUGCUGACACACAACCAGAAAUAGAGGCUCAGGAAGAGCCCGUGACGUCAACACAAGAUAUUAUUUCAGAGCCGGCUGUGGAUGUCUCCACGGAGCAUGAAGAACCUGUGAACGAAGUGGCAGGCCUGGGUGUCAUAACAGAGCAAAGUGUCAGCAUAGAGCCUGUAACUGAAGAAGAAGCUCAGGUUACCAGCACAGAGCCUGAUAUGGACAUCCCAAAAGAGACCAUUGUAGUGGUGGAAGAUUCAACUCCCUGGCCUGAUCAUGGGGACAAAGACACUACUGUUGAACACGAAGCAGAAGAACGAAGUCUCACAAGUGAGCAUGAAAUCAGAGAGCCUGUUACAGACACCAUGAGUUUUACUAAAGAAGCAGCAAACCAGUGUGCUGCUGCUGAGGAGAUGUCUUCAGCAAUUCCUGGUAUUAGUACAAACCUAGUCCCAGAACCCCAGGAGAUCACCAAGGAGCUUGUUUUAACUGGACAAGAUGCCACUACAGAGCAUGAUGCCCAGGAAGUCACUACUGAGUCUGGUGUGGAAGUCCAGAGUGUAACAGCAGCACCUGAGACUGUAAUGCCACCCCAAAACAUGACAGAAAUUGAGGACAUACCCAAAGAUUUUUCUCUAGUAAUGGAACCGGAUGCCACCACUGAGUGCCACCAAAACGAAUCCUCAAAUCACAAGACAACGUCCGGAGACACCACAGUGGCACCCCGAAAUGCUCAACCUGUCUCCCCUAGUAGUAAACCCACAAUGCCCCUGGAAAUGGAUGUUGAACCUGUGAAGUUACCUCAGGAUACAAACAGUGAGGCCGACGUAGCUCAGGAAGUAACCUCUUUGACUGCAUCAGAAGCCCAGAACCUUGUCCAGGAUGUUAACACACAACCUGUCACAAACAGUGAGGCCGACGUAGCUCAGGAAGUAACCUCUUUGACUGCAUCAGAAGCCCAGAACCUUGUCCAGGAUGUUAACACACAACCUGUCACCGCAGAUGAUGCGAGUGUCACCAAAGAACCAAUAACAGUGUCCCAAGAUGCCACAAAUUUUACGGAAGCAGUGCAGAGUGAGGAGCCUGUUAAAGCUGAGCAAGAGGCCAGCAUGCCAGGAGACAAAGAUUCCCCAAUGGACACCACUGAGGCAGAGCAGGGUGUGUCCUCAGAACCAACAGCAACACUUCCUACUGAAUCAACAGCCGACCACGUGCCUAUGGAGCUGGAGGGCGCAUCAGAAAAAGUGACCACAGAACCAGUCAAAGAUGUCAUGGAGUCCCAAGAUGAGUCCAAACAAGUGGCUCAGGAUGUCGCCAUGGUGCCUAUUCUAGCAAUACAGGAUGUCCCCAUGGAUCCCGCUGAAGACCUCAAAGCAGAACCUCGAGAUACAGGUCUAAAGGGUGAGGUUCAAGAAGUUACCGAUGAGGUUGUGGCAACUGCUCAGAAUGGGACAUCCGAGUCCGGAAUCCUCGAGUCAGAUGGAGCCAUACCUGCCGAAAAAGAGAGUAAUGCAGACGAGGUCAAGCAUACAACUGUUCAAGACGGUGUCAAUCAACCCUAUGCAAUAGCUCAAGAUGGCACAGAUCCCUCCACAGAAGUAGCACAAGCAGCAUGUGAAGAUGCAGCUGAACCUCACAAGGGGGUCUUAUCGUUUUACAGUACCCCUGCCCAAGAGUCAUUUUUCAGUGAAAUUCAAAAUGCAAAGUUCUUUUCUAUUAUAUGUGAGCAGCAAAUCGAGAUCGAAGGACAUACGUAUAUUCCCGUCGGGAUCUGUUACUUGGAGAAACGGAAGACGCCAUGUGAGGAUGUUUUGGCAUAUGUCCCGCUUGACCAAGACAUCGAUCUCUUUGUUGAUUCUAUGACAGCAGCUCUGUCCGAGAAGUGGGGUCUAAACUUGGCCCUCUGUCGGGGGCAAAGCCUGCUGACCGUUGGCGCCGCGGGUGCGCAAGUGAGAGCAGCGGCGUCAUUGUUGUCUCAGAGGUACCCGGAUGCUGUGCGCACUUUCAGCUCCUCUGUGUCCCUGAAUACAUGGCUGGCCAAAUCGUGCAUCAUCUCUGAGAUAGCGGACAGCUUUACUUGGGUGGAGAGGAUGCUCCAGUGGGUGACUGAGGACGAAGACAAGCGUGCGGUAUUGCACAAAAUGGUUGCGACCCUGUUCCAGCAGGAUCCUGCGAAGCACAGUGACUUGACCGAUAGGCUUAGCAGGAGCCAGUGGGAGAGAAGCCAUGACACUCUGGAUCUCACCGUAGACAUUCUGGAAGCCAUCAUGCUCAGUUUGAACGAUAUAAAAGAAAACCAUGAUGUCCAGACGGAAAGAACACAGGCUGAUGACUUCCUCAUCAUCCUGCAAAACUUUGAGUUUAUCCUGACGCUAGUGAUCAUGAAGAACGUCCUGAGUCCGAUUAAAAGUUUAAGCCAAAAUCUCCAGGGCCAUCCCCUGGAUGUGUAUCAAGCUGUGAGCAAUCUGACCGAAGUACUUUCUUCACUAAGCGACAUGAAAACCAACAUCGACACACACCUUCAAAGCUGGUACCAAGAAGCAGUGGGGUUUGCGUCCAAGUUAAGGAUCAGCGUAGAUCACACCUCACAAGAGUGCUUGAUUAUUUACUGUAGAGACAUCGUCAGCAAAGGAGCCAUAGAUCACUCCAUCUGUGAGAUCACAGAGCUCUUCUCGGAGCGUGCCCUGUCGGCCGUGCGCUGCAUGCAGAUUGUGCCUUAUGUCGUGUCCCAGACAGAAGGGUGCUGCGCGGACGCGGACCUUUUCAAGGCGUACCAGGACGAUCUCCCAGACUCGAACUCUCUGGGGGCGGAGCUCCUAAAGUGGCGGGAGAAGUGGUUGAACGCCGACGCAACACAAGAUCCUCUUCCUGCUGGUCUCCUAGACACUCUGAACGCCACAGACUCUGCGGCUUUCCCCAACAUCGAGACGCUUCUCAGGCUCCUCACGGUCUUGCCCUGUUUUAGAAAAGAGGACUUGAUCAGACAGGGAAAGAAGAGUCUCAUUGAGUUUAACCAACAGAGAUCUUUACUCGAGCUGUAUCCUCUUUAGAGCGAAAAGCCGACAACCUGUCCACCCUCAAACUGCCCCGAAAACUAGCUUUCCAUUAAUUAGGGUGUCGUAUACUGCUGAAGUGCUCGGUGUGUUUAACUCACUGUAUCCCUGGUUACAGCCGAUCAGAUCUGAGCGUAGGUUUCAGUAGUGUUUUUUUUUCCCUUUCUUUUCCUUUUUUAAGAAAAAAAAUUAGAGCUCUAAUUAGAAUUGUACACUUUAAGUAUAAUCUAAUUGUUUUAUUAUUUUGUUUUGUCUUAUUUUUAUCUUGUGUGUGAUGUGGACUAAGAAAGAGGACUGCCUACAGGGACCAAUGUCUUGCCAAAAAAAAUUGAAAUUUAAAAAAAAAAAUAGCAGGAAAGAAGAAAACCACGCCCCAGCCAGGGCUCUAAUGCUUUUGUGCCUUUAUGCAAAACCUUUCCCUGACUCUCGGAACAUAAGGACUACGUUUGUCUGCAAGAGCGCUUUCAAGCCAAGCUUUUUGGAAGCUUCCCAGCAUCUUCAGGAACUUUUACGACUUUUUAUUUUUAAUCAUGUAAUCCUAUAAAAAGAAAAUGUCCGAUCCAGUUCCACUCAUUUAGUCAGAUAACCUGUGGGUUUCAGAUCACCUGGAUCAUGUCACGAUCGAUCAUCCACAUGGCACAACUGGUGAAAGGCUUUCGUUCCAUUAUGUGUCAAAAAAAAAAAAAAAAAGUUUUAUUUGUUUGCAGUUUGACUUGGAUGCAUUGGUUUCUGUAAACACUUUCUCCCAUAAAUCCUUCUCACGGAAAAAGAAGGAUUCAAAUAUAUAUAUUUGACUAAAAAUAAAUAAAAAUGAUUUAAAUGAAA